CACAGACGGGUCGUGAAGCAUUCAGCAGAAAUCUCUUAUAAGGAUAUAAAGAUAUUAGACUUACCUUCUACUGAAGAGCCAGAAGAUGAAUCCUAUAAUCGUUCAGCCAGGAACGAUCACAACUCAGACUGUGACCAUCCAGCAUGGUCCAAAAUGGGGGAGCAACUUGUGUGACUGCUGUGAAGACUGUGGGAUUUGUUGCUGUGCAUUGUGGUGCUUUCCCUGCUUACAAUGCAGAACAGCAAGCGAAUUUGGGGAAUGCUACUGUCUCCCACUCAUGGAUCCUCUUUGUAUGGGCUAUGUGGGUUGUAGCGGGGUUUGUCCCCCUAUGACAAUUGCAAUGAGAACAGGCGUCCGAGAGAGAUACCACAUCCAGGGCUCUGUCUGUGAUGACUGUAUAACUUCAUGCUGCUGUUACUCCUGCACCUGGUGUCAAAUGGCUCGAGAGAUCAAGUUCAGGUCGAAUGGGACAACUGUGACCACGGCUCAAACCACUAUAAUUGACAAUAUGAUCCCACAAGCGCAUGGUUACACACCCCUGGUUGAGUACUAAAUUCAACCUCUAAUGGAUUUUCAGAAACUUCUCAUUUUGAAACCUAUUCUUAAAUCAACCCUGAAGAAAAAAAAACAGUAUUUUAUCUACAGUGUUGCCAACUUCAUCAGAUCUAGGCAGCAGUUACUUUAUCAGAAGCAAAACAAAUAACAGAAUCAACAUAUGUUACAUUAAAAAACAAACACACCUUGAGCUCAUUUACAUGGUGCACACAUGUGGUUCAUAGUAAUAAAAAACAUUUUGAGUGAGGUAUUUUAGCAAGACACUACAUGUUGUGUGAUCAUUUUACUCAAAUGCAUCACAUAUAAGGGAUCCUUGCAUAAUAACCCUUAUGGGGAAAAAAACAACUUCACUUUAUCCUUAUUAAUUAAUAGAAUUAAAGUAGUAGUGGUAGUAAGCUGAACGUGUAUAUGAAGUUACAUCUCUUGUUAUCUAUUAACUAGCCUUUAAAGGGACAAAAUACACCAAUUGUCAUAGACACUACUAUAAAGAUGAAUAUGUACAGAUACUGAUCUAAAAUUCCAGUUUAAAACCUUUUAAAAACUUACUUAGAAGCUCCCAGUUUAUAACUGCUGGGGAGGUUAGACUGGGACAUCCAGUGAAAGGGGCUGGGAAAACAUUAAGAGCAGACACUCCCCCUCUCCCUUCCUUGCAUAUGAAAAGACAAAUUAUACAAACAUGAGCCACAUGAAUUGGUAGACAUCAGUAUACAUCUGGAAUUUUGGGGCUUGGUUAGGAGUUUGAAAAUCAGCACAAUAAAAAAAAAGUAAGCAAAACUAUACAUUGUUUCAAAAACUCUCCCAGGCAGCUAUAUAAAUGGAUAAUAUACAAAACAUUUAUGCAAAUCUAGUGUACAAUGUUCCUUUAAGUGUUACACAUGCGGAAACAUUAAAUAUAUUAUGCUUUUAUAUACAUAUAUACAUAUGAUAGUCUCUCAAUGUUUGUAGCCAGUCCUUUGUCUUACUUGAAGUAGAGGUUAACAUUAGACAUGUGCAAAAAAUGUUUUGGUUGUAUCAUUCAUCACACACACAAAAAUAUUUCCUGUUUUGUUUCCUUUAAAUGGGGUCAAGUCUGGCCAAAAACAUCAAACAAUCAUUCAGCAGACAAGGACAUUGCAGUGACAAGAAAAUGUUUUUGAAUACUUUGGAAUUACCUGGAUUUCUGCAUUGAUCACUCAUAAAAACUGGUCUGAUCUUCAUCUAUAUCACAAUUAUAGACAAACACAAUCUGACUAAACUAAAAACACAGAGACAGUACUUUUCAAAUUUGUACUGAAGACAUUGAGUAAAAAAAGUGGGCCCUUGUAUUUAGUAACUUAGAGAUCCCCCCUAUAGUAGCAACAACCUCCCCCAAAUGUUUCCUGCCGCUGCUUAUAAGAGUUGCUCAAUGUUGAGGAUGAAUUUUGGACAAUUUCCCCCUACAAAUUUGUUUUAGUUCCUCAACAUUUCUGGGUUGUCUUGAUUACAUAGCCCUCUUCAGGUCAUGCCACAGCAUCUCAAUUAGGAUAAGGUCAGGAUUCUGACUUGGCCAUUUCAAAUAUUCUUCUUUUUCAGCCAUUCUUUAGUUGAUUUAAUUUUAUGCUUUGGGUCACUGCAUCACCCAACCUCUCUUGAGCUUGAGAUCAUGGACAGCUGGCCUUACAUUCUCCUGUAAAAUGUCUUGACAUACUUUUGAUUUCAUUGAUCCCUCAACUGCUGUACCCAGUUCCCUGAGGCAGCAAACAGCCCCAAACCAUGAUGCUCCCCCCACCAUGCUUUACAGUUGGGAUGGGUUUUGUUGUUGGUGUACAGUGCCCUUUUGACUUCUCACAUAGUGUUGUGCAUUUGUGCCAAAAACUUAAACUUUUGUUUCAUAUUUCCUCAGCACAUUUUCCUAGAAGCGUUGUGGAACAUCCAAGUGGUCUUGGGAAAAUUUGAGAUGUGCCACAAAGUGUUUUUUAGACAGCAGUGGCUUCCUAUGUGGUGUCCUUCAAUACAACAAAAUGAAAUACAUUGUUGUCUUUUACUUUUAGCAAAAAACAAAUGCACAUGUUUAAUUAACAUUCAGAUGGCUUUUUUAUCUAGUAAGAGAUCAGGCAGAGUUGGAUAAUUUUACUAUAUACCCAUAUUGGUUUAUAACUCCCGAGUGCAGAUUUACAUGUACACAGGAAAGCUAUGGAUUGUUUUUUUUGCAGAACAAACUCAACUCUUCUCUAAUGAUAUUUGUAUCUUUGUUUAUCAAAUAAGAUGUAAUGCGAUAAAUAUGAAAAAACAAGUUGCUUGCCGAUUAAGGGCCAGAUUACAAGUGGAACGCUUAUGUUAUCAUGUGUCUAGAUAAGCAAUAUCGCUGGACUGCUUGCACAACUUGAUAUGGUAAAUCGCAUUUACCAGAGAACAGUUAGCAAGGCCACAACAUCGCUCUAAUGCAACCUUUACUUUCAAUACAGUGGGAGAUCGUGACCGCUCUAAAUAGCACUGGUUUAAAGUUUACAAAUGUGACAAAGUUUAAAAGUUAUAGGUUCUGCUUGAGCGAAAGCCAAAACUGCACUAGGAUAUUAAGCAUGACUUGAGACCUGAAAUAAAAUGUAAGAGUUAAAAAAAAAUGUUUACAAAACGCAUCAAAAACAUAUUAAAAUAAAGUAUUACACUCAUAUAUUCACUUUUUGAUAGAUAAAAGAUAUAAGGGCUCAAAGAUAGAGAGUGGGGUCUUUUUUUUCUCCAUUGACUUCUACGGGGGAAUACGUGAAAGUGCAUGCAAUAUUCUAAGUUUGGCUUUUUGCGCUCGUCAGGUUAGCGCAUGAGCAAAAACAGUUUACUUUCAACUCAUAAUACGAACACAACCCGACGAGUGCAAAAAGCUUACUUCUUGCGCAAUUAACACUCUAGCGGGACCAUUAGAUAGGGCUCCACUUGUAAUCUGGCCCAAAGUGAGAACCAUUAAAAGGUUUUAAAAGGUGCUCACAAUGACGUACACUGCCACAUAUCUGGUUUAUUUCAGAUAUACUCUUAAUCAUACAUAACAUUAGUUAGUGGAUAUUGCACUAAUACUUUCAAAAUCUCUGAAGCUCCUCAAUUGAAUUACUACAAUCCCAUACUUUAUAAUAUAUUUAGAUGUGACAAAAUACAUUUUUCAAUGGACAUGUGAGAAUUUUUAGCUAAACUAUAGCUAAUGCUACAAUAAUCAUACGUUUUAGAACUGAGGCAUGAGGGCAUAUGUAUCAAUGAGCAAGCGGACAUGAUACGAAGUAUCGUAUCAUGUCCGCUGCAAACGCUGUCGGCUUUUUAUCAUUGCACCAGCAGUUCUUGUGAAUGCCGCCCCCUGCAGAUUCAUGGCCAAUCGGCCGCUAGCAGGGGGUGUCAAUCAACCUGAUCAUAUUCGAUCAAGUUGAUUUCUGUCCGCCGCCUCAGAGCAGGUGGACAAGUUAUGGAGAGGCGGUCUUUAGACCGCUGCUUCAUAACUUCUGUUUCCGGAGAGCCUUCAGGCUCACCGGAAACAAGUGGCCUCAAGCUUUGAUAAAUAUGCCCCAUAACAUUUACAAUGGUCACAUUUGUAAUGUUGCUUGCUUGCACAUAUGCAGUAGUUAGCAUGUACAGCUGCCUUUCUCUCUACUAGAUCAUUAUUACUUGUUAAAAGAACUUUGUCACAGGUUCUAGGCGCAUGAAAGAAUGUUAUUAUUUACAGUUUUUAUUUUAAUAUUCAUGAAAUCAGAUUGAAAUGUUACAAAUAAUGAGAUUUACAGGCAAUUUUGUACAUGGUCUAAGCACAGACAAACAUUAUUUACAUAUUAUUUACAUAUAGCAUUUGCUUGUGAACACCUUUAAACUGUGUCCAUGAUGCAAUAUGUACUGUAUGACAUCAUUAUGAAAUGUAAAAUUGCUAAAACAGUAAUAAAGAUUCUUGAUGUUUUUUGAA